GGUGGCCAUUUGUUUAAACUUCAAUUGGCAUGCUUUCUUCUGUACCGAAAACAAAGCAUAAAACGUAUGCUGAAGCGGCACGUCUUAAAAAUGUGUCCCUCAUCCACAAUAAUAUCACUCCUCACCCAGAAGAGGAUGAUGAUAUUACCCGUAUUUUGCAAACCAGAAUUUAUCGCUCCUCUCGCUCAGACGGAGCAUACCUUUUCGAUGUUACUGAAUGUAAAAAAAAAAAAAACAGCAUAAUGAUCAACAGUGUAUAGUCGUGUCAAAGAAACAACACCCCAAAGUACACGCUUGUAUGGCUCUUAGUGAUGGAGCAAUUCGUUACCUCGAAGUUUAUGUGACCGGUGCCAACGACUUAAACGACAUCGCUUGAACCGGUAUCAAUUUCUGCGAAGCAAAGCUGCAAGUACUUCCUUGCAAAGCGAUUACCGACCAAUCACAGGUCAUUAGGUUGAAGCUCUCUCAUUUACCUAUGUUUACUUUAGAAGACGUACUCAGUGGGCUUAAUACUACUUUAGCUAUUUUUGGAACCAUCUUAGAUAUUGGAAUUACCACGAAAAAAUAAAAGUGAUCUAAAGUUGGAAAAAAUGAUCAAGGAGUAGUGAGGCCAUCCUACUCGAAAUCACAAAGUCGUCGUUUGUCAGAGAUUUAUAAGACUCUUGUUAUGAUGAUGUAUAGGCUGCUAUAAAAUACACUUCGAGUAUUAG